UACUACUCCUACUUGCACGCUUCUUCAGCCAGCUAGGAAGUAUCGUCAAGAUCGCCGCCAUGGAGCUGGAGCUCGGGCUGGCGCCGCCCAACGCCCACGCCCAUCGUCUCGUCGUCGACGAGCUCAGCAGCAGCGGCGGCGGUGGCGGUGGCUCUGCCCGCGGGAAGAGGGGUUUCCCGGAGGCGUUCCAGGCGACCACGCUGCCGCUCUUCGACGACGGCAGCGAGGAGGACGGUUGCCGUGGGAGGAGGAAGCCGGUGGUGGGGUGGCCGCCGGUGAGGCCCGCGCGGCGGGCGUGCGGCGCCAACUACGUGAAGGUGAAGAAGGAGGGCGACGCCAUCGGGAGGAAGCUGGACCUGGCUCUUCAUUCCUCCUACGACGAGCUCGCCGCCACGCUCGCCCGCAUGUUCCCCACCAACGGCGACCACCACCACCACCACCAAGCCGACGAGGAUACGACCGAUGACCAUGAUCGUCGUCGUCAACCUGUGGUCACCUACGAGGACGGCGAUGGGGAUUGGAUGCUGGUCGGCGACGUGCCAUGGGAUGAUUUUUCGCGGUCGGUGAAACGUCUCAAGAUACUGGGUUAGCUGAAUGUUUUUGGUUGCGUGGAAUCUCUGCGUGUGGCUGCACUGAUGUACAUGUAAAAUUUUCAUGAGGGAGUCUUAGGAUGAAAUUAAGGGUUUUCUGUCAAAGACAGUACUGCUAGAUUAUACUGUAGCUGGUCACAUCUUCUCAUGUUUGCCCAGGGAUAGGUUUUGAUGAUGUUUUCGAAGAGUUUUCUGCUUUUACACCAACUGUUUGGUCUAAACUGAUCUCUUGUAUAAUACUGCUUUAUUUCUCCUUUUCUUUUUAUCAAACUUCUGAAAAAAACAUUUUUCUCACCUGAAGCAAAUACUGUUACAA